ACACUAUAGGUCAAAGUGCAUUAAGAAAAUAACCACAUAGUCACCUAAAAGGUAAUAACUGUAACAUGCGCAUUAGUAAUUACAGAUUUUAUUGAAUAGCGUGACAAAUGACUGUAAGCCCUAAUUUCAUGCAAACUACGUGUGCUGGACUACAAUGUUUUGAGUCCAACACUGAAAAAUGGCUUUGAACAAUUCACAGCUCUUCAUAAACAACGAAUUUUCAUUCAUUAGACAUAUGAGUAAGAUAGCUGCAAAAAUUGCAUUUUAUAAUUUUGAAUGGCGGUACGUUACUUUGGUUAUGUUUAACAAUAUUAAGUUAAUUGGUUUGGCAACGUUCUUAAGCAAUUACAACCAGUCAGUACAGUUAAAAUUGGGACAAUAUAUACCCCAGCGUCGACUCACAUCAAUACAUCAAUUCGUGUUGUUUGGACAGGAAUCUUCAGAGAUAGCAGAUAUGCUUCGAUGGCUUGCCCAGAACCAAUAUGAUACAACAGGAAAAUAUGUCAUUGUGUGCUAUUCUAUCGAAGAUGAAACAUGUGGUGAUAAAGUAAUUUUCGAAACAUUAUCCAGUGUUUUUAUAGUUAAUGUGGUAUUAAUUCAAGGUUCCCUCGGAGAUAAAGAGCCCACAAUAUCUUCAUAUUUUCUUGUUUUGCCAGAGAAAUGCCUGAAUAGCGACCCUGUAAAGUUAAACAUAAGUUUAAACUGCGCGGAUGAUUCUUGUUUUAAAUCAGUAUACCCAGAAAAAUUUUCGAAUAUGUAUCAGUGCCCUUUUAUUCUAUCAACAUUUGAGCAACAUCCAUUUAUGUAUUUGAGCAAUGAUAGCGCUCCAGCAGGUAAAGACGGUGAUCUUUUAACUUUAGUGAUGAAUAUUUUGAACGCUUCACUUGUAAUAAAAGCACCGACUGAUGGCAGUGACUGGGGCGAAUUCGUGAACAACAACUGGACAGGUUCUCUCGGCGACGUGUUCAACGGCGUAGCUCACGCUGCGAUGUGCUCCGCCCCGCUGUCUCCUGAUAAAUAUGCAAAUUUUCAAAUUUCUUUCACGUACAGUUCCAUGGACAUAGUGUGGGCUGCAGGCCUACCUGCCGUGAAGCCGACCUGGGAAAAACUGUUAUACCCUUUGCAAAUUAACGUAAGGAUGCUAAUCUUUUUUCUGUUUAUUGGAAUAAUUUUUAUGAAUACAUUUACAAAGACGCGUGCUUGGAGGAAAGUUAUACGAGCCCUGAAAAUAAGCCCGCCGAAGUCGAACUUGCUAUUUUAUUCUUGGGUUAUGUUCAUGGGGCUACCGUAA